UUUUCACCACGGUCACAUGACGAGUGGAGAAACGCACUCCUCCUUUCAGUCUAAACCAGCCGUUCGGCCACCGUGGUGGUGUUGUUAUGGCAACAACAGUUAGCGGACGCGUAGAUAAACAGCAGUCUCGACUCCAGUUUGUAAUGCUGCGUGUCAGUGCUGAAUGGAUGAAUAAAGAAGUACACUCAUUUAAACAAUUUAAUUCGAAAAGCUUUUGAAUCUUCAGCGAUGGGAGAAUCAGGAGAGACGGCGGAUAAUUCCUACGUCAUCAGACCCAACUUCCAACACAAGUUCAAACCGGCGGCAGUGAAAGAGCGUAUCCACCAGGUCCUGAAGGAGGAGCUGGCGAGCAAGGAGUAUGACCCAGAGCAGGUGCCAGCUCUCACCCGCGCCCUCUCCGAAACCAUUAAGGACAAGCUGAAAGAGAUGGGGUAUGACAGAUACAAGCUGGUGGUGCAGGUUGUGAUUGGAGAGCAGAGAGGGGAAGGUGUCAAGAUGGCAGCUCGCUGUUUCUGGGAUGCUGACACUGACAGUUACGCACAAGGUAUCUACAUGAAUGACAGUCUGUUUUGUGUGGCUGCUGCAUUUGGCUGCUUCUAUUACUGAAGGACAUGAUCAAAGAACAAUUCCCACCUAAGCUAAGUGUAUAUAUGUGAAUGUGUUAUUGUCCAGGAGAUCUUUCUACUGCUCCUCCCCCUCCUGGUACUGCAGAGUGACCCCUGCUGGUAGGGGUUGAGAGCAGCAGCCAGUCGGUGGUCUGUGGCUCGCUGGAAUUUCAAGGAGGUCAAGCACUGGGAACGUUGGGUUUCCACUUCAGUCUUCAAGAGCCCACUAUCCACACAACACAUGUUUCCAAGCUUUUCAACCAGUACAAAAUGUGUCUCAUAAAAUAAAAUAAUAAUAACAAAAUUUAAAUUUGGAAGAUCUGAGAAAGCAGUAAUUUUUAUAUAUUUCCAGUGCAAAUUUAAAAUAGAAAAAAAACAAACAUAUCCUAUGACAGUUUUUGUAGUCCAAGAUAAUAAGUGUGCACAUACAGUCGGUCAAAACCUGCAGUGGAUUGUUGCUGGACUAAGCCACUGGAGGGCAGUACAGAUUCCAAUGGAAGUGGAGUAUGACACUGAACCAGCAGAACCUUGGAGGAACGAACACUCUGCCUUCCAUUCAGAGUCAUAGCAGAAACCCCAUGCCCAGCGUGCUCUGCUGCAAUCGACUGAUUACAAGUGAAACGCAUUCCUGUGUUUGUUUUACUUCUGUACAAUUUGUGAAGAGAUUAUCUAAUCUAAUAAAACGCAACAUUAAAAGA